CGAUAAGUACACCUAUGAUUGAUUAAAUAAAACAAUACUAAAUUAAUACCAGCAAAAAUUCGGCAUGAUCGCUGUCAGUUUAACUAAAAAAUUAAACCGAUCGAAGUAUGACCUCCAAAAGUGUUGGCGUUCUUAAUUCUUGUACUAAAUAAAUGUCACUUGAUGAUAAAUAAGUUCUAAGACUAUUUUAUUAUUACUGUUGUUAUUGUUAGUGUUAUUCCCACGCAUUGCUCAUAAUUUAUUAAUUCAAGAUCGAAAUUUUUAUUCAAACUGAUGCUGUGUAAUCAAGCUGAACUAUAAUAUUCAAUAGCCAAAAUCCAUAGGAUUGUUAUGAGUAGUACUUUAUCGAUGUACGAUGGAUUGGAACCAGAUGUACCGACAAAUAAUUCAACCACCCUCAGCACCGGAGGUACUGGUGGAGUCGGUGGAGCAGCAGGUGGGACGACUAAAAAAUUGGCGAGAGGAAUUUCCCGAGCUACUGAAAAUGCAGCAAUAGUAUCACACGCUCGUUCGCAGUUGACAUUUCUGGGGAUUGUUGACACGCCUGAAUUUACAUUUUCAUUACCUGAUCUAUCAAUCUACCCUGAUUCAUUUCGACAAUUUUUGGAGAGAGAUUUGAUUGAGGUAGGCUGCUUGACGUCUCUCGAGGCAGCAGGAAGAUUAAAUUGGUGGUGCGGUGGCAAGAACAGCAGUAGCGCUAGGGUUCUCUGGCCAUUAGCAACCACUGGAGAUGGAAAUUGCUUACUCCAUGCUGCGUCGUUAGGAAUGUGGGGGUUCCAUGAUCGUUUGUUGACUCUAAGGGAUGCUUUACACAAUACUCUGUCGAAAGGCGAAUACAAGGACGCAUUGUUCAGACGAUGGAAAUGGAGGCAGAUGGGGUUGAAUGCCGCCGCUGGGCUGGCGUAUACGGAAACCGAGUGGUUAACUGAAUGGCAAAGCAUUGUGGAAAUGGCAUCUGCGAAUCCACGAUCGCAGACCGCAACUUCUUAUCAGAGUCUUGAGGAGGUUCAUGUCCUUGCACUGGCGCAUGUUUUGCGCAGACCAAUCAUCGUAAUUGCGGAAACUAUGCUCCGUGAUUGUGAAGGUGUGGCCUUGGCACCAAUUCCUUUCGGUGGAGUAUAUCUUCCACUUCAAGUUUCCCCAGCAAAGUGUCACCGGACGCCCCUGCUUUUAGCUUACCACUCGGCUCAUUUCUCUCCUUUGGUAACUGUCGACUGUGGUAAUGAGUUUGCUGCAAGUGCAAACGGAAUUGGUGAUACCACAGGCGUUAGUAUACCUCUUGUCGAUCCUGAUACUGGACAAUUACUUCCUGUCUUAUUCGCUGUUGACCCUGGCCCAGACUGGGAUUGGACCGCUUCUCAAGAUCUUCUGCUUUGUCAUCAAGAUACUAUGGAAAUUCUUAUUAGAGAUUACUUAGACUGUGAAUAUCAAACACUCACGACAGAAGAUCUGGACAGACUUUCAGACACUGAUGGAUCGCUGACUGGCAAGAGCAAAGCUGCUAAGCAGCUAUUGGGUGUCGCUAAGCAGUUUGGGUCAAUCGGGAAGUCAAUGAGCAAAAAACUCUGGUCUUCGAUGGCCAAGAGACCCAAAAGUCCUCCGACUUCGGCAUUGGCUGGACUGACUACCGAAGGUGUACUGUGUGUUAAACUUAAAAGCCACCGGCAUCAGUAUGUUGAUCAAAUGCUACAAAAUUAUCUCCAGUGCGCUCACUCAAGAUAUUUGGAGAUGCAGAAAGACGCCUCAGGGACUGAAAUAAAUUAUGGGGCUGGCAAAUCAAAAUUUUAUACUGUCAGUGACAGUAACAGCCAUGCUAGUGUCAGUAAGCUACAACCAAAAAAUACGAAUAAAGAUCGUACUCUAUAUUUAUCAAGGUCAACAUUUUACAACAACAUAACAGCACCAGAACCGAGAGAAUACAAUGAAUUCAAAAGGAACAGUGGUUCUGUAAGAGAAUGUCUCACUGAAGAUUGUCCAUUUUUCGGAUCGCCUGAAAAUGACUAUUACUGUUCAAAAUGCUGGGCGAACAAUAGCCAACGAUGAUCGGCCUUUUUGGUUAAGAUUUAUUAAAUUAACUCACUAUCCUCUACUCCUCAUGACAAUAACCAAAGCCUCUCAUUAUUGUAUUCAUAUCGCUUAUAUACUUUACUGACAUUAACAGUGAAAACUUCUAUAAGAACAAAAUGUCUAAUCGUGAAAUUAUCAGAUAAAUUAAUUAGAUAAAUAGCUUGUAAAUGAAAUAAUUUUAGCUGUCAUAUCAUUAUGAUAAGAUUAUUAAUACUAGCAACGAAUAUAGUUGUGCUUUGCGUUGAGCUUAAGUUUAUGUUGUCUCAUUAACAGUUAUAUAUGGACAAACAAAAUGAAUAUAUAUGUAUUUACUUAUGGCACGCAGUAGACUAAUGAGCUCAACGCAUGCAUCAUCUACGGACAUAACCCACUGAUAUAUAUACAUUAAAUAACUCCUCAGAGAUGAUAUUAUAUAUUUUUGAUUCUUCAUGUAUUUACUACUGUUAAAUUAAUUAUUUGAAUUUCAAUGAAAAAAUUUAAAGAGAAUUUAAUAAAUACAUAUAUGUAUACAUGUAUGGGAUGAGAUAACACACAUUGAUAUGUGCCUUGCCUCGUGUAACUGUUCAAAUAGUUAUAGUAAUACUCAUUACAUCACAUUUAAAUACUAUCAAGCGUCCAUUCUGAUAAUUAUUAUUAUAUUACUAUCGAUAUUAAUUAUUAUCAAUAAUUAUUUAUUUAUACCACAAAUCUUCCUUUACUUAAUGUCAAUUAAUUUUACUAUCAAUUAUCAUGAAAAAAAGUACUUUAUCAAAUUGAAUGUUAUUCACCGAUAAAUUUAAAUUAUUAUUAUAAAUUCUAAAUAUGUUUAUUUUUAAAUUUUAAAUCAAACUCAUCGACUAAAAAGUGUUCAAUCUCAUGUCUUGAUUAUAAGCCGAGUGGCAAAAAAGUGUAUCUGAAAUUAUAUAAUUGUGAAAACAAUAAAACAAAAAUAUUUUUUUAAAUAA